UAACAGUUGCACGACAAUAUCAACAUGGCAGACCUCGUGGAAAGCGUGUUACAGAAGGCUGCUGAGAAAGAAUCAAAAUAUAAGAGCAUAGAGGUUCAUAAAGACAUUGAUUUGGACAUAGAUGCGGGGAACCUAUUGGCAGUCGACCCAAAUCCCCUAGAUGCUAAGAAAUUACGGGAAAAGAGAGAUGAGUAUUUGAUAAGCCUUGCAAGAGACAACACUCAAUUAUUGAUAAACAGAAUAUGGGAGCUUCCUGUGGAAAGGGUGGAAGGCACUAUAGUGGCUAAACUUCCUGCCCCCAAGACAAUAUUACCCAGAGAAAAACCAAUUCCAAAACCUAAACCAGAAACAAAGUGGCAACAGUAUGCUAAACUUAAAGGUAUCCAGAACAAAAAGAAAGCACGCAAAGUAUGGGAUGACGAGAUAAAGGACUGGAGGCCGACAUGGGGUUAUCAGAGUCGUGUCAAUGAUGAACUAAACGAAUGGGUCCUAGAGGUGCCAGCCAAUGCAGAUCCUUAUGAAGAUCAGUUUGGAAAGGCAAAGAAAGCCAAAACUGAGAGAGUUGCCAAGAAUGAGUUGCAGAGGAUGAGGAAUAUUGCACGAGCUAGUAAAUUAAAAGUUCCAGGAGUUGGACUCACUCCCACUGAUACCCCCAGCAAAGAUCAUUUGUCAAAAGCUUUGACGCUAGCCAAGAAGUCCACUGCAUCAGUAGGAAAGUUUACAGACUCAUUACCGAAAGAAAAACCUGUCAAAAAUACAGGCAAAAAGAGAAAGUUUGAACCAAAUGUGGGUGAUAUGUCAAAAGAAAAAUCUGCACAGCUCGAUAUUCUCAGCAAGAUGGCAAAGGCAGGUCCCACAGUCAAUGUUACAAAAGCCAUGAAACAGCAUAUGUUGGAGGAAGAGCAACAGAGGCAAAAAACAAAUUCAGAAAGACCCAAGAAAGCAAAAAGCAUAAAGAAAAGCAUCAAGAGAAAACAAGGCAAAGAUACCAAACGUGGUGGCGGUGGAAAGGGAAAGAGAAGAGGAAGAAAAUGAUAAACAGUUGGAUAGAUUAUUUUAAAUUUAAUGUUAAAGAGACAGUGGAAAGAGUCAGAUAAAAAUAGAUGUGUAUGAAUCCUUUUUUUGUACAUUAUCUGUGAAUAAACUGGUGCUUAAGUGCAGCAAGACUAAUUGACCAUAAAAAUACAGAAAAGGAGUUCAAAAGAGUCGGACUCUCUUCAGGAAAAAUGACGGUAUGUGACGACAUUUAGCCAUCAUCAGUGCUCUCCAACAUUUGGUAUCUAAGGCCAAAUAUCUUUUAAAAAGGGAUAAAAUACUUAAGAUGGCUCGUUGAGAACCACAUCAUUUUACAUGUCACCAGAAGGACUCUUCACUCAAAGACUGAUCACAUCUAAGAACUUUGGGUGUCUGGUGUGGUAGUCCCUGUGAGAAUACACCUUAAAAAAGAUGGCAGCACUUUUCAAGAUAACCAGCAAACUUUGACUAUUUUCUUAUUUAUAGACAAUCUAUAACAAA